AUGUCUGUCGAAAUUAGUCCCAGCGCACAGCUCGGCUUUCCGCGCCCGCUCACGCAAGUUGUGAAGCGCUCGCUGUUCCUGACGAACUCAAACUCGCAACCUGUCGCCUUCAAGGUGAAGACGACCGCGCCAAAGCAGUACUGCGUGCGCCCCAACUCGGGCCGUCUGGAGGCAGGCGAACGUGUCGAGGUGCAAGUUCUGCUGCAGCCUUUGAAGGAGGAGCCGCCGAUGUCGGCCAAGUGCCGCGACAAGUUUUUGAUUCAGAGCGCCAUUAUCACGCCUGAAAAGGAGACGAUCCCUAUUGCCGACUUCUGGGUCCAGCAGGAGACGCAGAAGGAUGCGAUUGCUGAGCACAAGAUCCGCUGCGUGUACCUGCCACCCAGCAGCGAAACGGUGCCGGAGGAGAACGAGGACCUGUCCAAUGUCAGUGGCAUGGGUACAGGUGCGCCCUCGUACGCCUCGGCUGGCGUGCCCUCUGGCCCUGGUCUAGGCGAGCUGGGCGCUGGCGCUGGCUACCUUGGCUCGCGCAGCACUGGUGCGGAACCGCCGAUCUCGAUUGCGUCGCUGAACAACCCGGACCUCGCGCAGAAGUACACCAGCUCCACGUCGUCGUCGUCGUAUCCCUUCUCAGCCUCCCAGCAGAAGCCCGCUGCGGCCAUGGCUGCGGACAAGUCGGCAGCCGCUGCAUCGCCCGCUGCGGCGCCAUUGCCUCGCUCGACGCAGGAGCUCGAGGCAGAGGUGCUUCGUCUGCGUGCCCAGGUGGCGGCCCAGAGCAACGCCGGCGUCUCCAAGUCCACGGCCACGGUUACCAGCUCAGGCGUGCCCGUCCACAUUGUCGCAGCCAUUGCCGUGGGUGUGUUUGCCGUGACCUACCUGUUUUUUUAG